GUAAUGCUGAAAUCAGUUUAGAUAACCCCGUGUUGGUGUUUCUUUCAGGGUGGAUGUCAACGGUAACCAAACUCAACACCCGUGGCGGUCCAGAGUCAGAGAGUCAGAACAUCUAUCAGUGCGUUGCAGAUGUACUUGGCGACCAGUACCACUAUGCGAAUGCCAUUGACAGCUCUCUAAUCUGGACUGUUGGGUACACCCCCUACAUUCCCCCAGCUCUGAAAGGAAGAAGCUUCCCCUCUGUCGAGAACUUCUUCCUGGAUGAGUGGGAGCCACUGACAGUCCUGCAGACUCCUCAGGUUCUGUCCACCAGUGUUUCCAUCGAGGAAGACAACCUGAUCCAGUCUGCUGCAGGCCUAGUGUCUCAGGUUCUGUCCACCAGUGUUGCCAUCGUGGAGAAUGACCUGAUCCAGUCUGCUGCAGGUCUAGUGUCUCAGGUUCUGUCCACCAGUGUUGCCAUCGUGGAGAAUGACCUGAUCCAGUCUGCUGCAGGUCUAGUGUCUCAGGUUCUGUCCACCAGUGUUGCCAUCGUGGAGAGUGACCUGAUCCAGUCUGCUGCAGGCCUAGUGUCUCAGGUUCUGUCCACCAGUGUUGCCAUUGUGGAAAAUGACCUGAUCCAGUCUGCUGCAGGCCUAUUGUCUCAGGUUCUGUCCAGCAGUGACACUAGAGUGAAGGAUCGUAUUGAUUCCACACUGAGAGACUCCAACCAACCUGAGGUCCAUGUGGCUGAUGUCUCAACCGAGAGAAGUAGACUAGUCAUCACUAUUUCUAUGUUUUCAAUCGAGAGUAGCAAUGCUUCGGUCCCUGAAGUUGAUGCUAUUGCUACCAGCCUGGAGCACUGGGCUGAGGAAAUGUCUACCUCUACCACUGAUGGCCACAUUGUUUCAUCCACUGCUGUUGCCAAUCAGAAGAAAACAAGGAGUGAAUUCGUCUCAUCUCUACGGAGACUGUUCACGAGAAAGAACAGGAUGCCUGCUAAAGUGGCUUCCAAGAAGGAGCACAUUCACUUGGUUGACCACCUCAAUGCUGAAGUCACCCACUGAGGACACUCACUCACUGCUGAAAGCAUCCAGAAUGAUGCUUGUGUUUCUCCUCAACGCCACCUACACCCCUGCCCCUCUCCCCCACACCAAACCCUACCAGGGUUGGGAUGAAUUCCAGAUCAAUUCAGUCAAUUCAGGAAGUAAACUGAAAUUCCAAUUCCAAUUGUUUCUCAUAGGAGGCAUUGAGGUAAAUUUGAAUUGCUAUUGGAAUUUCAGUUCACUUACUGAAUUGACUGAAUUGAAAAUUAAUUGACCCCAAACCUGAUCCCUAAGCCCCCACCCCAUCCAUUUCUAUCUUCAGUAAAUGUUGUAGAAUUUUAUUUGAAUGUGUUUUGUAUCUUCAUUAAAACCACAAUGCAUCUCUAACGAGAGUCACUCAUGUUACACGUCUAGAUUUAUCAUUAAAUAUUAACGCAACAUGUAAAGUAUUGGUCCCAUGUUUCAUGAGCUGAAAUAAAAUCCCAUAAGUGUUCCGUAUGCACAAAAA